GCUCCGGCGGGUCAAUAGGGUCGACGCGCAGCGCGUCCGGGCGAGGCAUGGUGCCCGGCACGCCGACGACGAUACGCAAGCAGCGGCGGUCACGGGAGCCGAGCGGGAGCAGCGCCGGCGGCGGAGAAAUCGGCUUCGUCAACUUCACGCCCAGCGACGGCGGCAUGCUGAUGACGGGCGUGGCGCCCAGCGGGAGCUCCAAGACCAAGGCGCGGCGGGAGCGUGAGGCCAUGGAGCGACGGCGACGGCUGAGUGAAGCAGCCCUGAAAGCUGUGCAGGCGGCUGGCGGCGAUGUCGACCAGUUGAUGCAGCAGGGCUUCGCCCUCUAGGGAGCGCCGCCAUGCCAAUCGCCGGUCCACCCAUUAAUGUACUGAAACAAACAAACCUAGGCGUUCAGAAACGAUCCACUGCUCGAACGACUUCUCUCGGGUCUUGCGUUGUGUUGUGUUGCGGAAGCGUGAAGGAGUCAAGCUCGGACAGCUUUCGCGGCGUUGUAUCUUCACAUCUCAACCCCUCCUUACUCCUUAUUUGCCCCUUUUCCACCGAGGCCAUCUCAGCCCACCUACUUGCCUUCUUCGACUUUUCCUAUGUUUGCAUCCUUUCAGCGGGAUACAGAAAACACAGCUCACCGAGCACCAUUCUCUUUUCCUCUUUUUCUUUUUCUUUUUCAUUUUCAUUUUCAUUUUCAUUUUCAUUUUCAUUUUCUUUCUGUCUUUUUCUCCAGAUACCUUCUUGUACGAAUAUUUAUAUCCCCCACCAGACUAUCCGGUUUUUGGUUUUCCUUUGUCGAUUGCUCGCUCUACUUGUCGGAAAUCGGAUGAUUGAUGGAGCAAUACUGUAUGUGUAAGAUGGACGCAUUUGUGUAGGACAUUUCGUUGUUGGAGAAAAGAGGUAACGGGACGGGGCAGAAGCAGAAUACGUGCUCGCUGGCCUUCGGUAGUAGCUUCGCUCGUUGGUAAUAGGAAUUGGUAAUGGGGUUAUGCGUUGUGAGGUGUAAGAUAGCUCUUAUAGGGGCAUCCAAAUGGGCAUCCAAAUCAUGGAUAGAUCUGCCUUCUUGAUAGAUAUAGUCGCCUCUGCGACAUCUCAAUAACAGACCAAGCUUAUCUCUUGA